GGACAGGGCCGCUGCUCCUGGCUGUCGUUCCUUGCGCAUUUCCUCCUGGAAGAAAUCUUUUCUCUGUUGCUGUCGUUGAGCGACCACCUCCGCGCUUCCACGGGCAGAUUGCUCGCUUUAGAAUGGCUGGCCUUGCGCGGACCUCGGGCGCUCUCCUCUCGCUCUCGGGCUCCAGUCCCAUCGCUGCUUCUGCUUUUGCGUCGUAUCCCGUCGCCGUUGUACUUGUCAUGUCCUGACUCCUUCGUGGCGCACAUUCCUUCGCUGGAUUUUGUCGAUGUGAACGCCCGACGCUUUGUCGAUGCGAGUGAGUGAGUGAGCGACCGAGUGAGUUUGGCCGAGGACGCGCACCCGGACGUGAUUGCGUAGCCUGCAGGAAUUCGGAGGCUCGGAGGUGCGAUGGAGCGGCUUGAGUGGUCGAAUUUCUAGUCGAGCAUGGUGGCGGAGCAUUUGCGAGGAUUUCGCGAGGGUUGUGUACUUUGCUGGCAAUUGAGAGCGAUUCCGCGGCCCGACGAGGGAGAGCUUGGACGAUAGCUUUUCGGUCGAAGGUCCGAUACAUUGAUGCUUUGAAGAAGCUCGUUUAGAUGGACAACCAUUGCUUCGUACAGCUCGAGGACGGGGUGAGGUGGGGGACGAAGUGAAAAGUCGAUUUGUUUCUUGUGGAAGGGAAAAAGCAGGCGUUCCUAUUAGUCGCGAUACGGCGCUUAGUGGACCGCAAAAGAAUUCACCUGAUUGGUGUCCAGCUCGGGGCGUAUUCCAUGGGAGGUCACCAUUUGAAAAUUAGUUUCCAUACAGGCGGAGAAGCGCUGCACAGCUCGUUUGGAAGAGGUUGCCAGGAUGCGUUGGUUUCUGUUUCUGAGAGCGAUCAAGCAGAGAGAAAGCUAAGAUAAGGUCUUUGUUGUUCGUGCAUCUGUAGCAGGAGUCGAUGUGUUGGCAGACGCGAACCUUAAAUAUUGAAAUUGGGGAGGGAAUAGGACUACGUGUCCAUGUCCACUUCUCACGACAAAGGGGCUGUGCUCUACAUAGUUUCUCGAUCAGGAAAAGUUCUAGGUUCCGAGGAACGCUCUCGGAGGUUUGCCCCGGACGAUUACUUUGAGGGAGAAUUGGAGGGAUGGAUCUUCUGGGGUAGCAAGAGAACGUCGGGCAGUUCAGGCAGUAAACGGGUCAGUCAGGAAACCUCUCCGUCUGGUAGCCAUGGCAAGAGCUUUCUGGGAGGGUCAUUCGAAAGCUUGAGUCGGACUUCCAGGAAGAAAAGGAUACCUUUCGCCGCCUGGGGAGAUGAACUGGCGACCUUGAAUGAGGUCAUCACCCCCUUGACCAGAAGGCAAGCUAGGUCUCAGCAGAAAAGGAGCUCAUCCAAAAGAGAAUCUUUGCACGGAAGAAGAGCUGGGGAAGGCAGGAAGGAUGGAGAUGCGGAAUACGAGUCUAGUGGAUCUGCCAGGUCCCAAGCAAUGUCUUGUCAUUUUGAGCGUUGGGAUCGCAUGGAGCAGAAUCUCAAAAUUGGUCUCGCGCAGCUCGCCAUUCUUCACAAAUGGGAGGCGGGUACCAGAGAACUGGCUGCCAGAUGGGUCGCUUGGUUACUCAAGAUGCUGAGGAAGGCUAGGCCUCAUCCCCGACCUUUGCAGCACCUCUUGUUCACCAUGUGUGGUGCUGUGCUUCCAGUAAUAUGUCGUAGUCUCGUUCGCGAGUCCUGGACUCGGUCUCCUGAUCCAGAGUUAUGCCGAUGCGUAGAUAUUUUCUUGAAGGCAUUGGAGAAAAGUCAAGCGUGCUUCUCACCACUUCAGUGGGAGAUUUUGGAGGAAAAGAUGGAUGAAUGUCGUAAGCUUCGCCUGAAAAUUGCGAGCUUGCUUCAAAAAAGAGAACUGCAGUCAGCUACUUCGAGCGGAAAGUAUGAGAGCUCUGGAGUCAAACCAAAAAAACAGCAAGCGAGCGGCGGAGGCCUGAUAGACGCACCUCGUUUUCCAUCAGAAGAGGCACCUGAUCCUCAGUCUCAAAGCGACACCAAAGAUGAAAAAUUGAGUAACACCCUUGUGCAGAACGAAGGCGUACCAGCUCUGGUGAAACGUGCUUUACGAGAGAAGCUUUUCACACCUCGGUCCAAAGGUCAAGAAGGCAGAGUUUCUGGUGAUUUAUCUGGAGGUUCUGGAACUAUUGUGUCAUUGCUCUGUCCGCUUUCUGGAAGCCGUGUUAAGGUUCCAGCCCGAGGACGUAGUUGCAGUCACCGUGCAAGUUUUGACCUUCAAGCAUAUUUGGAGGUGCGAGCUAAGGAUGAGACUUCCAGGUGCAGUACUACUCACCUGCGCAAAAAGCAGAAAAUGGAAACGACAUGGUGUUGCCCAAUUUGCGGUUCAGAUGCAACCUGGCCGCAGAUUAUUGUGGACAGAGUGUUACUGAGGAUAUUGGAGGUCCUUCCAGAGAACAUGCCUCAGGUGUGUCUUCUGCCGAAUGGGAGAUGGCGUAUCGUCUGGAGCCCAGUAGCUGACGGUCUAGGAAAGACCGACACGGGAUCAGCUAAAGUUUCAGUGCACUCCUUGUCUAGAUAUGGUGUAAUUACGGAAACUCGUCACACUGGGCAACCUCGAGAGUCGAAACUUGAUGCCGUUAAAGAGAGUUGCCAUCGCAGCAACGAAGCAGAAUGUAGAUGUGAAACAGAAUGGCAUGCUUUGGAUAGAGCAUUUAGAUCUUGGAAGGAAGGAAUUGAGCUUCUUUCCAAAGGUGGUGGUGCUUCGCGGCAGCGUGAUGGUCACCUUGGUCUACAGUUUACAGUUGCCAACCUUGACGGUGAUCAAAAGCCGAAGGUAGAUGCUUCGUCCACAAUCCCAGAGAAAGUGACAGCGUCGGCAGGGGCUCUGGUGAAGCUUGACAGCGAGGUUCCUCAUGGUAGGGAUAUCAUUCCUGCCGAGAAACGUAGUCCUCGUAUUGAAGAAUUGUCACCUUUGUCUAGGGAAGUAAGAGAAAUAUCCAAGCCCGAAAACGCGGUCAUGGAGAAAACCGGAGAAGAUGGUGGCAUUCAGGGCGCGCUUCUCAGAAAUGUCGUUGUGGAGGCUUUCAGCGGAACACCUUUUGUUUUCGGCGAGAAUGGAGGUAUGUAUGCAAGGAUGCGAGUCGGACAACACAAAGCAAGACGUAAGCAGAUGGCCAAGAAGACCUGAGUUGCCUUGUGUACAGUUCUGUUUGUCCGCGAAGAUCUCUAGUGGCAGAUAUAUUAUCCUUCCUUUUUCUUCUUCAAAGGGAGGGUCUGUUAUGUAGGGCAGGUAAAAUAAGAUCUUGAAGAUGAGUUAAGACAACUCAAACCGAGCCGCAAGGAUCUCAUAAGUGAAUGUCAUCUUACUUGCUUAUGGAUAGCUAGGAACUUUACCGAAAAUGUAUGACAGUGGGCUAUUUUGCUCCAGCCACUGCCCAUGGUAUUUUUAGAUCAACAAGCUGAAUGAUUUUUGAGCCAUGUAGAUAACGACACAGCCUGACCACAUACCUGCUAGAUCCCCUAAUUAGCACUGGGCUAUCAGUGUCCAUAGGUUCGCAAGUAUUGAGUGUUACACCCUAUACUCCCCUUUUUAUCCCCUCGUCUUCAAUGUCGGGAGUUAGUUUAGUAGUUGUAGUUCUUUUACCUUCAGUCGAAGACCAGCAUACCAUAUACAUACCAACUUUGGAAUCAUUGAUUCAUGGACCUUUCUCCAUGCAAGUAGUAGCAAUUGCGAGUGCCAUCUUUACCCUCAAUAUCUCUUCUUGCCGGGGCGAGUCAGAAGAAUUGUUUGUUACGACAAAACUAGUAUUUGAGCUGUCUGAGUUCCUGGGUGAAAGAUAGCAUGCGUACUCUGAUGGGAUUUGCAGGUGUAUCUUCUUGAGGUCUCGCAUGAACUAAGCUUUCGUCCGUGGACAACAGCUAGAGUUCAUUUACUAAGUAGCUCCCACGGUAUGGUGCUUGCGUAUCUACCUGCAAUUCUAUGUCUGUACGUUUUCACCUAAAAUCCAAUGUCUACCCCUAGGCGUGGGAGUCAUACUCACGUCUGAGACUGAAAGGAGGAUGAAUAUUGGACCUUGACCGACUGGAAACAAAUGCCUUCGACUCAAAACGCAGAUGCAAGUCUUUUUAAGCCAGUCAACAUGGCUUUGUAAGGAGUCAUAGUAGGCUGCGCAGACGUCUACAUCAGCAUGCGUUCUAGGACAAAGUUCAUAUCAAAACUUCCCUGCAAUAUACCGAGGUUACUUAAAUGCACAUUGUCGGUCAACAGGAGAGCACAGGAAAAAUAGUAGUCAGAUUGAUGAACAUGAGCAAAAGCAAAUGAAGGCGUUGUAUCGGCUUGGGGAAUCCUAUCGUGAACUUCAGGUCUUCAGUAUUAAGACGGCUAGAUAGUAUCUCUGUAGUGUCAAGAGGCAUCAGUUCAGCACGAUCUAAAAGCACCCUCGGAAUUUCAAUCCCCGAGUGGAAUCAAAUCAAAGUCGGUCGGAUUCUAAGUGUGAAACCUAGGCUAGUUCCAGGCUGUAAAGAUGUUGACGAGAUCACAAUCCAAAUAUAUCCAUGCGGGUACCUUUUGUACCCCAGAUAAAUCAAAGACGGAAGGAGG